AUGUUUUCUGCUCUACUAGCGCGUUUAAUAUUUCUAAUAUUUGGAUGUACCUAUCCAAUUUAUAAAAGUUACAAAAUUCUAUCAAAUCCUUUGUGCGAUUAUGAUGUCCUCCAACAACUUUACGGACAAGUCAAAUUUUUUGUCGUCUUUUGUGCCUACGUCGCCUUGGAAUGCAUUACUGACACAUUUUUAUUUUGGGUUCCAUUUUAUUACGAAGUCAAAAUUGGAUUCCUGGCGUGGGUGACGUCUCCAAUAUCUGGAGGAGCUGUUAAAAUUUAUGAUCAUUUUGUGGAACCCAUGAUCAGACUUAAGGAGCCGCAAAUUGAACGGUUUGUUGUCAAAUGUAGUGCUAUUGGAUAUGGAUCAUGUUACCAGUUUUCGAUGAGGCUGGCGAGCAGGAUACUGAGUACUGUUUUGGAUGCAGCUCUUAGACCUGCUGCUAGGGUCAACACCGAAAUGAAUGCUGCUCCAUUACGAUUAACAGAAAGAUCAUACAAUAACGAUGCAUCAUCUUUGGGUGAAGGAAGUUUUGAGGAAGAUGAAUCAACAAAACAUGAUGCCAUUUUGAAAAGACUCAAAGAUCUUAGGCAUUUGAGGAAAAGUCAUUCUGCCAAUACGUAA